ACUCGUAAAAAAGGCAUAAGCCCAGCGCCGCCGCCGCCUGGGUCUCAACGAUUGCACACGACUCCGCCGUGGAAUAACGGAGAGUGUUAACAUGGCAGAAUCAGAAAGCCAGAUCAGCCGUCUCCGCCGGCUGUCGAUCUCGCAGCCGGACCUUGCGGCGUUACCGGUGCCGGAGCCGCAGAGGCCUCGGCCGCACCUCCGAAAGAUCCUAUCGUGGUCGCCGGAGACGGGGAGGGAGGAGGUGUGGCGCCGCCGCAGGGGAAACCACCGCCAGGAAUCGAGGAGGAGCCGCCUGCACCGCAGCGUCACGGACGAGGACCUGGACGAGCUGAAGGCCUGCAUAGAGCUCGGGUUCGGGUUCGAGCCGGACUCGCCGGAUCUGGAUCCCAGGCUCUCCGACGCGCUCCCGGCCCUCGGAUUCUACUGCGCAGUCAACAAGCAGUACAACGAGAUCCUGUCGCGGACUUCUUCCGACGCGUCCAUCUCGUCGGACGGCAGCGCUUCGUCCGCCGUCGUCGAUCCUGGCGAGGAUCCGGAGACGGUAAAGACGAGGCUGAGGCAAUGGGCUCGGGUGGUUGCAUGUUCGGUGAAGCAAUUAGCGGGAAGCCAACAAAGUAACGAAAUUGAUCAUUGAAAACUUUUUCUGUAUAAUUUUCUAUGGCGAUAAUUAUUAUGUAAUUAAAUAACCAACAAAAUUUUGGGAUGAUUAAUCAGGGCAUUGUGGUAGAAGUGCAUUUGAUUUCUGACCAAUCCGAUCUCUAAUAUAUUUAAAGUUGCGAU